ACUGGAGUUAAAACGUGACUGCAAUGGUUGCCUUUGCGAGCGCUGAGCCUAACUUGUCCGCUCACUGAGAGCCGUCCGCCGCCUCUUACCGACGGUUUGCCGGGGGGCUAAUUUUGCUCAGCACUCGCAGUCUCCGCCGUUUACAAACUGAAGAGCCCGCAAACAACUUUGAAAAGAGUACCGACCGCAAAGAAAUACAGCUGCGCGACUGAACUUCCACCAGCAGCCCGAGGGGACCGGGAGGAGGAGUCAACAGGUCCCAGAGCUUAGGAGCUGCAAUCGAUUGAAGGGGAGAUUUCCUCGGCCAAGGACGGGGAGAUUGACGUUUUUGGGAAGAAGGGCUCGUCCAGGCGAUCGAUGCGUGCAGCCCACCAGCCGGAAGCCCAGUUGGCUGACCAGCACGCCGCUCAAUCAGUCUGAACAGCAACACACAGGGCUGCUGGAAACCAACACAGGCAGAGGCUGUGAGGCUGCAAGGAGGAGGCCAUCCGAAGGAGAGGAGUCUGGCCUCGGCAUCAUGUGAUAUGUACAUUCCCUGGAAGCGCUCUGCAGUGGAAGAGUGAUUCUGCACUCCAUGUGAAACAUCCCAACCACCAGCACCCCUAUCACCACUAUUACCUCUCCUGACAGCACAGACAACAGUCAUCAAAGCCGCCUCCUCGUGACUCAACUUGCCCUCUGUCUCCUUCUCCCCCUUCGUUUCUGAGAUAAUAAAAUGGCCUUGCCACUUUACAACCUCCCUAAUGCCUCUUGCAAAUAAGGCCUUUCACCAGACAGGACAGCUAAAACCCUCUGCAGUUCCCCCGCUUCCCACUUUCUUUUUUUGUUUCCUCGCUAACUCAGCCCUCAACACACACAUUCCCUAAGCAAACAGGGUGUUUCUCCUAGUGUCAUCUGCGGCAGCCAUUUUGCAGACGCCUGCACUUCAGUUUCCAAAUCAUAAGGAGUUUUUUUUUUGAGCUUCUGGAGUACCCACGUCCCGUCUUCCAUAUGGGGGAUUAAAUCAGCGCAGUAGCCCACAUUGACUUCAUCUUCUCUGUGUGUUAAGGUGUCUUUUUUUGUUAAGUGAGGCCUUUUGGAUUGGAGCCGUCAUGGCUGGGAAGGGCAAUCAGGUGCCUGGCCCCCACCUCAAUGGCUUCCCCAUGCCCACCUACUCGUACUUCUUCCCGCACAUGCUGGGGGGCCUGUCGCCUCCCGCCCUGCCAGGACUGCCCAUCAGCGGGUACAGCACCCCCUCACCAGCUACGAUAGAGACCCAGAGUACCAGCUCAGAGGAGAUAGUGCCAAGCCCGCCCUCCCCACCCCCGCCACCCCGCGUCUACAAGCCCUGCUUCGUGUGCCAGGACAAGUCCUCAGGGUACCACUAUGGUGUCAGCGCCUGUGAGGGCUGCAAGGGCUUCUUUCGGAGAAGCAUCCAGAAGAACAUGAUCUACACCUGCCACAGAGAGAAGAACUGCAUCAUCAACAAGGUCACCCGCAACCGCUGCCAGUACUGCCGGCUGCAGAAGUGCCUGGAAGUGGGGAUGUCCAAGGAGUCGGUGAGGAACGACCGGAACAAGAAGAAAAAGGAUGAGAAGAAGCAGGAGUGCACAGAGAGCUAUGUGCUGAGUCCCGACACAGAGCAGAUGAUCGACAGGGUCCGCAAGGCACACCAGGAGACCUUCCCCUCCCUCUGCCAGCUGGGCAAAUACACUACGAGUAACAGCUCAGAGCGGCGCGUAUCCCUGGACGUGGACCUGUGGGACAAAUUUAGCGAGCUCUCCACCAAGUGCAUCAUCAAGACAGUGGAGUUUGCCAAGCAGCUGCCCGGCUUCACUACGCUUACCAUCGCUGACCAGAUCACCCUGCUCAAAGCUGCAUGUCUGGACAUCCUGAUACUGCGGAUCUGUACGCGUUACACGCCCGAGCAAGACACCAUGACUUUCUCGGACGGCCUGACGCUAAACCGAACCCAGAUGCACAACGCCGGCUUCGGGCCCCUUACCGACUUGGUGUUCGCCUUCGCCAACCAGCUCCUCCCCCUGGAGAUGGACGACGCAGAGACAGGGCUGCUCAGCGCCAUCUGUCUGCUGUGUGGAGACCGUCAGGACUUGGAACAGGCAGACAAGGUGGACAUCCUGCAGGAGCCCCUCCUGGAAGCCCUUAAGAUCUACGUAAGGAAGAGGAGGCCCCACAAACCGCACAUGUUCCCCAAGAUGCUGAUGAAGAUCACCGACUUGAGAAGCAUCAGCGCCAAAGGAGCCGAGCGUGUCAUCACCCUGAAGAUGGAGAUCCCCGGCUCCAUGCCUCCUCUUAUCCAGGAGAUGCUGGAGAACUCUGAGGGCCUGGAGAGCGGGGCAGCAGGCGGCCGGUCCAGCGCACCCCCCCAGGCAGCUGCAGCCCCAGCCUGUCCCCCAGCUCUGCCCAAAGCAGUCCAGCGACACAAUCACCGUAGUAGCCCCUUUUUUAUUUUUCUUUCUUUCCCCAUGUUGGUCUUUGUCUCCUCCCUCGAGGCUCUGAGGAGGAGGAGGAGGAGGGGGCGGGACGGUGCGGGGCACUGGACACAGAGUGGCAGAGCCGACGUCCUCCUCUGCUGCAACACACACCUCCCACCUCCUGCUCUACCCUCCCUCGCUGCGGGACGCUGUCCUGAGGUGAGGGGAGGUGGGGCCGGGCUCAACAGGAUGCCUCUGAGACACCAGACCAUAAACACUGCUGACAUCUCCUCCUCCGUCCCCCUUCCUACCCCCCAACCCCUCCACCCCACCCCUCCUCCUCUCUCCACCUUCCUCCCGAAAAGACUGAUGGAAGCAAAACUGGACGGAGGCCCCGAGACCGCUGCAGUGGAGACAAGUUUUGAGUGGCACUGAGGGCGGGUGGAGGAGCAGUGACACCAGGGGACAGACAAACAGACAAGGACUAUACAUACAAACAGACUGAAUAAACACCAGACACUUUUUUUGUUGUUGUUGUUGUACUCUGAGGCAGACCGCGAGCUUGGGACUUGUCAGAAGACCCCCCCUCCCUCCUCAAAGACUCUGGGUCUUUUCUCCUUUUCCAACUUCAAAAAGCAGAUUUCGUACAAAAGAUAUAUAAAUAUAUAUAGAAAAGUUAAGGAACUGUUGUGCUUGACUUGUCCAUAACGGAAUGGCAGGUUGAAAAAGAGGACGAGUUUUCUGAGAUUAGAAACUGUUGUACUCCUUCACUGUUUGAAUCUUUUCAUACCCAUCAAGAGUAUUGAGAGAGAAGUUUCAGUUGUUUUAUCACUUUGGGAUGUUACUCUAAUUAACAAAAAGGAAAAAAAGACAUUGAAAUUACUCUCCUGUCUACACAUGCAUACACGCACACAAACACAAAUGUGCUCAGAAAACGAGUCGCAAUGAAUAUCACCUACUAUUCCAGGUUGGGUUUGUUUUCCUUUUUUUCUUUUAUUUUGCUUCAAAGAGAAUGGAAAAAAUGAUUGUAUGAACUUGGUUGUAUGAUAUGGUCACAGGUCCUUUCAAGAAAUCAAAUUAAUGAAGAUUCGUUAUUAAGGUGUAUUUUACGUAGCCUUUGAGUUCAUGUAUAUAAGCUGUAUUCAUUUCUUUAAAACUAUGAAGAGUUUAGGCUUCACCUGAUUUUUUUUUUUUUUUUUUUUUUUUUUUUUUUUUUUUAAAAGAAUACCUUCUAUGUGUUUUGUUUAUAGGUUUGUGAUUCAAAAAAGACAUUUUGAGCACAUUUUACUGAAGGAAAUUCUUCCAUGUUUUUUGUCCUACUAGAUACUGGACAGACCCAUAACCAAUCAUUGGCUGUUCAGAAUGUGGCUGUCACAAACAAUUUCAUUCCCCCAUCCCCCCCCCCUCCCCUCCUCACUUUUAAAACAUGUUUUUACAUAGAUAACAAAGUAGCACUCCAAUCGGGGCAUAGCUUUUUUUGGCCAUGUAGCAGAAAGAGAUGGUGUUUCUGAGGAUGAUGUGAGCUGGAACGCCGUUUGUAGACCAGCCAGGCCCAGGCGAGCCCCCACAGCUCGGCCUGAAAAGAAAGUUAAAAUGUGAAGAAUGGUGUACGUACACACUGUAUUAAAAACACAAGUGAUUCUCAGUAGUCUCUGAAUGGAUCAAUAUUAUUCAGUGGAUGGGAAAAGACUGUAGAUUCUAGUGAUCCCUCUGCUCUGUCAACGGUCAAAUGGACAAGUGAGUUCCCUAAUGUGAUGUUCGUCAACGAAGCCCUCAAGUCUUUCCCCGGCAACCUGUGGUAGAAAACAAAUAUGUGACCUUUGGCGGGAUCCAGAGCAACCUCACACCUGUGAUUCACUUCACACCAAAUGCCUUCACUGCUAACACACAUCUCAUCUAGACCAUCAUUACUGUACACACAACGUCUCAGGAAGGAAUCAUUUUGUGUGCUUGGCUUGUUCUUUGUAAAUGUUCUGUGCUGCACCCCUUAACCCCUCCUAUCACAGAUGCACACACACACACAUACACACACAUACCCCUGCUACUGAGCCCCUGAAUUCUCUGAUCACUCAACUUUCGUUCGGCCUGGCAGACCAGGACUUUUUGCAGAGAGACGCCGACCCUGACCCUGACCAGCAAAGUGUUAUGACAUAGGAUGCCAGUGUGGAGUCUCUCCGAGUCGUUCAUGUGUUCUUCGUUUUAUUUGUACGGUCAAAGCUGCUUUCAUCAAUCAGGACUUAACCUGUCCAGAACAGCGCACAACUUUUCCCUCCACGGCUAAUCUGGAAUAGCAACAGACACACCCUCAGUUUGAGACGUAUGGAAUAUGUUGCAAUUUUGUCAAGAUUAUCAAGCGACUUUAAAAAAAAAAAACAAAAAAACAAACAAAACAAAAAACAACAAAAAAAACAAAAACAAAAAUAAAACCAA